GAAAAUUAUUAACACCGAGUUUUAACCUAAAAACUAAUUAAAUAACAAUCGAAGCACUACAACCACAUUUUUUCAACUGGAAGCAUAAAAUACCCUUUUCAAAGACACCCCACGGCUCCCGCUCAUGUUUCCCUGCCCCCUACAGUUCCCCAGAACUCCCUAGAUUCCCCAAACAUCUCAUGCCCCUCUCGCGAUUCAUCUUCCGCGGUCUGUUUACACUAGUUCUUCAUCGUUGAGUGUUUUUUCGCGUACCCUCAACCCCAAGAUAACUCGCGUCCCUUCAUUAUCUCUAUUUUAGCCACCCAAAACGACCCCGGCCCAUCUAAAAAUCGUGGUCACACCUCUUAGGCACCCGAAAACUGUCUAAACAUCCCAGCAUACCCCAAACAUCCGGAAUUUUCCGCAUCUCAUGAGGAUGGUUUCGUGAAAAUGGGCGCCGAUCGCCCGUGUCUCAGUGAGUGAAUCCAUCCCUCGGUGAUCUCAACUCAGUCCACAAUCUCCGAAAAUGCACCUCAACCUCUGGAAAAUUUCCCUGAUUGUCCCUUUGACAAUCAUAUCCCUGAUAUGUGUUCAAAACGCGGGGACAUCGGGACUGGACAUGACUGACGAGCUGGAGCAUCACGGAAGAUGUGAGCCGAUAACGAUAAAACUGUGCCAGCACCUCCCGUACAACCAGACGAUGAUGCCGAAUCUUCUGAAGCACCAGAAGCAGGACGAAGCAGGUCAGGAAGUGCAUCAGUACGCACCCCUGGUAAAAGUGGACUGCAGUCCAGACCUCAGAUUCUUCCUCUGCCUGAUGUAUGCUCCAGUCUGCACGAUUCUCGAGAAGCCUCUGCCCCCAUGUCGAUCGAUUUGCGAUAGGGCUCGUGCCGGCUGCGAGCGGGUCAUGAAGAACUUCGGCUUCCAGUGGCCAGCGAGCCUCGAUUGCGCAAAAUUACCUGAAUAUGGGGAAGAUCCAGAGGUGCUGUGCGUCGGAAAUAACGAGACCAGUCCAAGGAUCUCCACGACAAUUCAGCCACCUCUGAGGGUGCCACUGCCUGAGUUCCAGCCACCCUGGCACGGUAUCAAGCCCUACGGAGACCUCCUGGGGGCACGUGACCAUGGCUUCGUCUGUCCAAUUCAGUUCAGCGUCCCUGAGGAGCAUGGGUAUUCACUCAAGGUUGGUGGCAAGGUUGCCAGGAACUGUGGAGCUCCCUGUGAUGGAAUGUUCUUCUCAGAGCGACAAAGGACGUUCUCCAGGGCGUGGGUAGGGAUCUGGGCUGCCCUAUGCGCUUGCUCAUGCUUCUUCACAUUCCUGACUUUUCUGAUUGACACCGAUCGGUUCAGAUACCCAGAGAGACCAAUAAUAUUUCUGUCAGUCUGCUACCUGAUGGUGGCUCUGGUGUACGUUGUUGGCUGGGCAUCGGGCAACACGAUAUCUUGCAAAGAACCGUUUCCCCAUCCCCCUGAUGUCCAGGUACAGAUGGUGUCGACAAUAACCCAAGGGACCAAGCAUGAAUGGUGCACAUUAUUGUUUAUGGUUCUAUAUUUCUUUGGCAUGGCAUCUAGUAUUUGGUGGGUCAUACUCACCCUCACCUGGUUUCUCGCCGCCGGGUUGAAAUGGGGUCACGAAGCUAUUGAAGCUAAUUCACAGUAUUUUCAUCUUGCUGCUUGGGCAGCACCUGCAAUUAAAACUGUUACCAUUCUGGCUAUGGGAAAGGUCGAAGGUGACAUCCUCUCAGGCGUCUGUUACGUGGGUCUCUGGAAUGUCGAAGCCCUUCGGGGAUUCGUUCUAGCUCCCCUCUGUGUCUACCUCGUCCUCGGUACAAUAUUCCUCCUCGCUGGCUUCGUCUCUCUGUUUCGCAUUCGUACAGUCAUGAAGCACGAUGGAACCAAGACUGAUAAACUGGAAAAACUCAUGAUUCGCAUAGGAAUAUUCUCAGUUCUCUACACAGUACCAGCUCUCAUUGUCAUUGCCUGUCUCUUUUACGAGCAAGCCUAUUUUGACCAUUGGAUGCUCACUUGGAACAUGGAGAUGUGCUCGAGGCCACUGCCACAGUCACUUUACUCGAUCCCCUGUCCAGUGGGGGAACGCACCAGAGACGUUGGCUAUCGUCCUGAAUUUGAAGUAUUUAUGAUUAAGUACCUCAUGGCCAUGAUCGUGGGCAUCACUAGCAGCUUCUGGGUAUGGUCCAACAAGACUUUGACCACGUGGAGGCAGUUCUUCAAUCACAUACGGGGACGACGUGUCGAGGCUUAUGUGUAGGUUUAUUCAAAAUUAUUCGUAAAUUCAGGGGAUUGUCUCUGGAGAGGAGUCAAUUCUGGAUUCCUCUGGUGUAGGAAAAAAAUGUAGAAUUGUGGAAUUGCUCAGGAAACGGAGCUAUACUCUGAAGGCUUAGAAUUGAAACAAAUAUUCUGAAAUUUUUCAGGUAGAAAAAAAAUUCGUAGUGAAGUGAUAAAACGUAUUAAGUUGACUUGAAGUUGAGUCGAAUUUUUGAGGAAUCUCUCCUAAUCUAAGGGAGAUAGCAGAAUUAUUGUUAUUAGAUUUGUUCUAGCGCUCAAUCCGCUUAACAACACGAUAAUAAUCCAUAUUUUGCUGACUUCCUUAGAUUCCAAUAUAUUCGUCAAAAACGGGACGAUGAUCACAAGUAACUUUUGACGUUUAAUAACAAUUUUUUUAUUUUCUCGCUCUUGCUACUGAAAUACCCUUGAAUUAUUUUGGAGUUCUGGAUUUGUAUCGGAUACAGAUGGAUUAGAAAAUUAAUUUUUCCUGUUCAAUGUGACAAAGUCAUUCCACUUCGUUCAAGAAAUAUAAAGGAUUGAAAGAAGCCGACGAGAUAUUGGCAAAUAAUUUUUUUAAACAAAGUUCCUUGAGUUGCAAGAAAGGUUUGGGGUGUGUGGAAUUUCGUUCGGAAUUUCUUCCCGACUGGAGACGAUGGAGGAACGAUACCUCGUGCUCUCUAAGUUAUUUCAAGAAUGAAAAAUUAUUUUUUUAGAAUCUCAGUAGAACGGUAUGGGAUAAAGCAUUGAAGGAAAAUUCGUGAUUUUUAAAUAUUGAAUAUACAAUUGUAUUAUUUAAUGACGCUCACUGGUCCAAUUUCAUAACUCAAAAACUUAAAUUGUACAACUAACUACACGUGUUCAAAAUUUAUGCAUAAUUUUAAUACGUCCGCAGUAAAAAAAAUGUUCCUCAUUUUUUUGUCAAUUUUACACAGCUAUUGUAACGAGUAGUUUUUAAUUUUUUAACUAAGUAACUAGAGAAAUACUCGCAAGAAGACUUUCAGUGGAGACUAGACACGUCUAUUAGCUGGGCAUGUCAGUAAUAAUACGACUUUUUAUGAAUUUUUAAAAUGCAUAAUACCUCGAGUGUCAUACUCCACUUGCAGUUGGUAAUACGGAGAUAAUUUUUUGACUACUUGAGGUAGUUGACGAAACACUGUACAUAAACGCUUUAGUAUUGCUAUGUAUUAUAAUAAUUUUUAAGCGUCAUGCAUGUAAAUAAUAACAAUCUGCCAUUUGACGUUGUGAGGAUUGUCCUGGCACUUCACUGAGAUUUAAUUUGUCGUUUAGGAUAAUUAAUGUUACAGAAAGGGAAUGUCUAUUAAUUGCAGGAUUGGAAAGGUAUUGUGAUGAUUGGGGAGUUAUUUUAAAUAAAUAAUUUCCCAGACACUGCACAAUCCAAAAAAUCCAAAUCCACUUCUAAAUUAAUUUCCCAUUGCUCAGUAAAUUUCUAUUUUUUCCUCUAAUAAAUUUUUUAAACAAUUCUCGUUAGUUCACAAAAAUCGCAAUUCGUCCAUUGAAACCAUGUCGAGCUUCUUUGGUGUAUCUUGUAAGUUAACUCGUCUAACAGAGUCUGAAGAUUAUAUUCUAAUCAAAAUUAAUGAGUUGAUACUAUCACCAUCAAAGUGGUGAGAAAGAGAUGAGAUGAGCUGACAUCUCAGUCGAGUUUUUCGACAGUAUCCCCCCAUUUAAAAGACAUAGCGCAAUGUCCAUCAGUGCAUUUGUUGUAGAGUUCAAUUGGCUCGACAAAAAAAUUUAUAAUCGACAUUCCGAGAUAUUCAUCAAAAAAUUGAUGAACCGUUAAAAGCAACUCAUCUCUAUGCACCACUUUGCUACUGAUAUUACAAAUAUAUUGUACGAACAAUUUAAUAAAUAUGUGAAAAGUGUGCGUGUUCAUGUUGCUGCACACGCAGAAUGUCGUAUGUUAAACGUGAAACUGUAAAAUUAUAAGCAUUAUAUUCUUUAUAUAAUAAAAAUUCAGUACACAAUGAGUAAAAAAA